AUGUCCCAACAAACCGUUGCACAAGUCCAAGAUUUAAUCAAAAGCCACAAGGUCUUUGUUGCAUCCAAGACCUACUGUCCUUAUUGCAGUGCUACUAAGAAGUUCUUAGAAGACGUCUAUCCAGAUGCGUAUGUUUUGGAACUCGAUACCAUUGACAACGGCAGUGAAAUACAGCAAGUCUUGGCAGAGAUAACUGGCCAAAGAACCGUUCCAAACAUUUUCAUCAAUGAAAAACACAUUGGAGGUAAUUCCGACUUACAAGCUUUAGGUAAGGAGAAGGUCAAGCAAUUAAUUGGCGCUUGA